UCGCGGUGAUGUGGGCGGGAAAAUUUUGACAUCACACAAACAGCUGAAACCAAUCCGGUGAUUUCAAUCAUUUCUUUGGAUAUCUUCUUCAUAAAUGUCAUAAGCAAAGAUGAAUUGUGUUGUUGCUUUAGCACCGACCUACGCCGUGCCUCAUCUGUGCUACCGUUACUUUAUAUAUAAAUAUAUGUGUGUGUAGAGAUCGUACAUCAAACUUUUGAUCAAACUGUUUAAACAAAAACAAAUUCAAAAGAUACAAAAGAAAAAAUACAAAAACUACAUAACUCCCACACAUCUGUCUUCUUUCUUUCGUUCUUUCUUUCCUGCUUUCUUUUUUCUUUCUUUUUAUUUUAAGAAAAAAAGAACAAAGAAUAGACAUUUUUUUUUUUACACUGUCAGACCUCUGUCGAUUUUUAUUCCAUUCACUUGUCAAAGAACAUGUCAGUUUAAAACGACACUGAGAGAGAAAACUCUUCUCUGUUGGAAUUCGGAGCCAAUUCUUUGCCAUUACUUUCGAUCAUCGUCUUCAAAAUUAUUGGUUAUUGGUUGAAAGAAUGAAAGAAAACGAUGAAAAAAUAAAAUUCUUAAAAACUGCAGAAGAAAAAAAAAACUGUAACCAGUGCUUAAUUUUCUAAUUAGGAAUGGAUUUAAUUGCUUGGAUUACGUACAGUGUAAUAAGGAGACAUAUUUUAGAGGAUCGAUAUAGAACGGAAGGAACUAGAAUAACAAUAAGGAAACCGGACAUUAAUUAUUGAAGCAUAACAGCUGCUGGAAAGAUAUUACAGUCAUCUCUAGAGUUGGAAUUUAAAUGCUUGGUGAGAAGGUGAGUCGCUGGAUUUAAACCAACGUAUUUAUUAUCAUUCCAUCGUUUGAUAUUCGUAUAAAAUUCCUCUGGGGUAAUUAUUUCAUUAUAAUUUAAUCUCAGAAAAGCUACAAAAAUAUUCAUAACAAAAUCUAAAACGAAAAAUAUCUAUUUUCUUUAUGCAACUGUUUAUUUGUUUGAAGCAUUAUUUAAGUCAUGACUUCACCCUUUGUUAAAUUUAUAUCAACAAUGUUCUUUACUCCCGAAAGGACCUAUUUCUAUAUGUUUCUCUGUACUCUAAUUGGUUUUAUGUCGGCAACAAAUCUUUAUGAUAACAAAUACGAAACAAUUAUCUCUGAACUCAGUCAUGAACUCUUAUCUUCUGAAAAUAAUCUUCUUGUAGAUGUAUCGAAAGUUCUUUUUACCAUCUCUUCUUUGAAUAGUAAUUUCCCUUUGAUCAACAACCAACCGUACCAAAGUUAUUUAAGUAUCAUCAGAAGUUACUUCCACUUCAGAAAAUCCCUCCGUAAUGAAGCAACACCUUUGUCAGUUCAUAAAAAACGGAAUGGCUCCACUUGGCAUAAAAGAAUCCCUGAUAAGAGAAACCAGCAUAAAAGAUAUUCUUGUAUCUCUGCAAGGUUGUUAUAUCCUUUGAGAGACUUUGGUAAAAAUGUUGUGAUCCUUUCUUCCGGUUGUUCUGGGACACUUCUUUCUGCACAGUUUGUUCUAACUGCCGCCCAUUGUGUUCACAAUGGCAGAACAAGUUUUACAAAUCUACAAGUGAUAAUUCAAGAGACAAUAUUAAGCCGAAGAAUUCACUAUGUCAAACGCAUUACGGUACCAAAAGGUUGGUUACUAGUUGACAACUUGGUAGACACUGAACGAUAUAUGAAUGAUUAUGCUGUUUUAGAAUUGGCCGUAGAAGUAACUGGACGCAGAGAGUUUAUGAAAUUGAAGGCUCCGGACAGGAACACUAUGGCAUUUGAUAUGUAUUAUAUGGGGUUUACAUUUAAACAGGAACUGAAGUUCUCGAUUAACACAUGUCCAUGGGAAACCGGAAGAUUAUUCAUGAAUCAUAAUCUCAUUACAAGAGUUUGCGGAGCUGGCAGUGGUCAUUCCGGCUCAGCCGUAUUUACGUACAAUCAGCAAAAGGGUUUUCGUAUAUCGGGCAUUGUUUCGCAUGCCCGAAUGAUAAAGACGAACCAUGCCAACCGGUCAAAUGGUCAAUGGACGGUCAUUACAGCAUUGACAGAUUCCAGGAUCAAACACAUCUGUUCCAUCGUCCAAGCAGGGACGACUCGGAGUAGCGGAGGAUCGUGUGACCAACGACAAAUACAUUUAUUUUAUUGAUGAACGUUUCAACACUCGAGACAUUACGGAGCAGGUUUUUGGAUGUUCACAGCAUAAAUACAUAUAUGACAUUUAUACACACAGACACACAGACUUAUAGAUAUGUAAACGCACGCGCGCACACACACACACACACACACACACACACACACAUAUUCACUACUCACUGUGAUGUGCAUACAUACGUUUAAUGAAUACACUGUCAUGAAGAAGUAAAGGCGUGAAAAUACGUUUCAACUCGACAUACAUACAUACAUACAUACAUAAUAUAUACAUACAUACAUUCAC